UUACCAGAGUGCUACCGUGGAACCAGGCGCAUCGCGUUUCGCUGCGGUGGUAGAUGAUUCGUGAUUCUUUCAGCUUGUGAAAGACUUUCAUAGUCGUGACCUAGCAGUGACUUGACUAAGGAAUUGUGCAGUGACUGUUUAUCAAGUGCAGUGAUGAGGCCCCCUACGGAAUACGAUGGAGGUGCGAGGAUGCCCAGUGAGGCGGAGGAAGGCGACCCUCGGGCGCGACCCAUGAUGAUCUGUGCGAGGCUGGCAGGACGUGCUAUCAUCAGAGUAGUGGGAAGAUGCGAAGAUGCUCAGGAAAAUAGUCAACUGGAUUUGUCAGAAUGUCAACUGAUGCAAGUACCUGAUGCCGUGUACCACCUUAUGCGACACACAGAGCUCAAGAGUUGUGAUCUCAGCGGAAAUGUUAUUACUAAGAUACCUCCUAAGUUUGCAGUCAAAUUUAGUUUAAUUACAGAUUUGAACCUGUCCAACAACCAAAUGGCGAAGCUCCCAGACGAGCUCUGCACACUUGCCUGCUUAGAGCGGCUGGAUAUCUCUCACAACACGUUUGUGGCGCUCCCUCACAUCACCUUCCAGUGCCCCAGUCUGCACACGUUGCUUGCGCAUCACAAUCAGAUCAUUGAAAUUGAUGUGGACAGAUUAGCCAGAUCCCGCGCUCUAGAGUACGUAGAUCUCAGUGACAAUCCCAUUCCUCCGCGCACUUACGAUGAACUGAAGCAAUUAACGCGACCCUCAGUGUCCGUCUCGGAGAGACAGAAAGAAGACUGGGAGGAAGACCUUCUAAUAUAGAAGAGUACACUCUUAUGGACUUUGCAUUCAGGGCCAGACGUUGAAGCGGCACGGUCCGAGGCGACCACUUGCAGAACUAAUGAGUUUAUACUUCUUUAAAUAAGAUUGCAUUAUUGUUGAAUAAUAAGCAAUAAUUUCAAACUAGCAAUAAGUGGAGGGAUUGGUGCAAUAUUAAUGUCAAUGCUUAAAACAACUGGUCCUAACUAAACUGUGAUCUUCUCUGUGAAAAGAGGACAAUAUCAACA